AUGUCAUCUUCUAGAUACCCAGACAAGCAGCCAUUAAGGGACGACAACAUCCGCUUGAUAAGGAUAUUACCGGGAAAUUGGGAAGACGAGAUACGAUGCGACCUAUACACUGAAUCACUAUCGAAACGACCUAAAUACCAUGCUCUGUCUUAUGUUUGGGGUUCGGCCCUCGUCAAAAAGCCUAUCAAACUAAACGAUAGCACGUUCGAAGCAACUACAAAUCUCGAAUCAGCAUUGCGCCAUCUCCGACAUCAGCGACUGGGCCUGCCCUUGUGGGUUGAUGCUUUAUCAAUCAACCAGACUGACAACCAGGAAAGGACACAUCAAGUGCAAUUAAUGGGCAAUAUUUACAAAUCAUGCCUCAGGGUACUCGUAUAUCUAGGCGAUGACCUUAAGGUCUAUUAUUCUAAAGCCAACCCAAAUAAGGAUAUCCCCAGCUUGCCAGCGAUGACAGCAUUUUACUUCAACAGCACUGAUCGACCUUACAUAACACGUUUCCUAGGCAAGCCAUCCAAAGCAAAGGUAGCGCAAUGGAGGUCCGAAUUAGUCGAUCCUAUGAGAGACAGAACAUUUGAAACCGUCCAGAUUUUCUCCUUCAUUCGUGCACUUUCUUACAUGGACCACCUUAGCGAUUUGCCCAUCCUCUCUCCAGGCAAGAAGAAUAACUUUGCCGAAAGCGAUUUGCACCACCUCUUUGAAAUCCUGAGCCGGCUCAUGCGUGCGCCUUCCACAAAAUGGUGGACCCGUAUCUGGACUGUCCAAGAGGUUGUAUUGCCCCCUGAAAUCACCCUAAUGUGUGGGACGGUUUCCGCACCAUGGCCGAUGUUUGUCGAAGCCGCUCAAAAGUUUCGUGAACACAUCCUGUCGUGCUGUUCCGGCAUUCAAUCAUCCUUGUCCAAAUACUGCCGGGAAGAAAUCGUUCACUUUAUGAAGGAGGUUGACAACGUCGAGGAUUCCAGGACCGUUUACAGACACACGGCCGCAAGGAGUCGGUCUUGUGACAACGUGUCAAUUCUAUCAUACCCAGAUUAUUCGUGGGGAACCAAGUUAUCCUUACUGUCUAUUCAGAUCAAAUUCCGACGUCGUGAAGCCUCAGACGCGCGCGACAAAGUGUACGCACUGCUCAGCCUCGUCUGUCGACCUGCAGAUCAACCGGCCAUACUUCCAGAUUAUACAUUGGAUAUAUCAGAAGUAUAUACAGUGGCUGCCGUGCAGUGUAUUUGUGAUAGUAGGGUACUUGCAAUACUCACGGCUGCUUCUAUGAUAAGACCCUGCCCCAAAUUGCCGACUUGGGUGCCCAACUGGGAAUGCCUGGACGAAAAGGAUUUCGGGGAACGACUCCGCAUGACAGGCUUCUAUGGAACAACGCCUUCCUUAAGUCGUCUUCCAACAAUGCAAUACUUCUCAGCAGAUCGCAAACCCAUGCUGAUGCUAGAAGGCAGAUGCUUGGAUUACGUGACUCACGUCGGCGAAACGAUCACCGAAGACACGCUCGAAGACAAGUUGAGGAGCCCACUGUCAUGGAAAGAUUCUAAAGGCAACAUGCACGUCAUGUCAAAUACGCACAAGACUUCUGAAUUCUGGAGAGUCCUAUGCGCAGAUAUUGUUUGGGACGAUGGACACUGCCGGCGAGCAACCCCUAAAGAUCAUGCUAAAUUUCUGAUCUGGGAUAUCUUCAGCGAGCUAUCUAUUAUCGAUACCAACAUGGAUUCCUUAAGUCAUCUUUUGUCCAGGUCAGAACGACUACGACUGAUGCUGGGUGCUUUGAGGAAUGCGGAAUAUAUUUCAGAGAAUAAUGCGGGGCGAGUGGGCAUGAUCUUUUGUGCCAUGUUUCCAGACAAAGCAGAGAGACAAUUACUGAUUUCUAAGGCUUUCAAAACAGAUGUUCUUGAUGAAGGGACCGAGACGCAGAAGAGUUUGGCAGCUCCAAUCGACAUCUCCAAUGAUGCUGUAGAGGAGAUGCCACUAAGUAAGGGAGCAGGACAUUCAGUCCUACCGCUAAUCCCCCAAGACAGCUUAACACCAGGACAAGCUCAAUCCGGCUUGGAAUUGGUCGAUUGGGUUCGAAUGCGAUCCCUCGUCGAAGGCCUCUACGAGACAAAAACAACAUCUGGUAAUACAGGCUCAUGGGACCCUUUAAAUCCCUUCUGGAACACUAUCUCAUCCGCACGCCUAAGCGUAACCGUGGCCACUGAGGGCCGCAGGAUAUUUGGGACGAAGAGCGGGUUUAUUGGUCUUGGACCCGAGAGCCUCGAGCAUGGUGACAAGCUUUUCCUGUUGAAUGGUGGUAACACGCCUUUCAUCCUACGUGAAUACACCCCAGAGCCCAAGAGACGUCGAUCAAAGAGAAUUUGGAACAAACUUAAACGUCCGUCUGCCAUAGAGGAUACGAGGAAUCACUACACUUUCGUUGGAGAUUGUUACGUGCAUGGACUCAUGGAUGCUGAGACAUUGGAGGAGAAUCUGAUUAGUCGAGAUAAAGUAGGAGUCUGGCAAGAAAUUUCUCUGCUAUGAGGCAUGGGGUAGUUUUGCAUCGAAUAUAACGGAUUCGGGCUAUUCGAUAUCGCACAAUGCAGUUGCAAACUACCACUCCGUGCUUCAUAGAAGCGCAUCGCCAUAACACCUUGCUUACAUCUGAUAUUCAUCACAUAAACAAG